UGCAUGGAAAACAGUGGAAGUUGUUUUUGUUUUCACUACAGGUAUGACAGGUAGAUGCUGCCCUUUACAGAGGAAUAUAUACAUUAGGUGGAAUCUAUUCUGAGCCAUUUCCGGUGGAGACAAACCUUUAUUAUCUCCGACUGCAAGGGUGGCGUGAGACUUGUCUAACGUUACCAGGAUUAAACCGUUCAUCACGUAACGUGACAUAACACCUGACACCAUCUCGACUGUGGGGCUGUUCAAGGUGACACCUGAUGGUACAUUAGGGACAACGUCUCUCACUUUCUGUCGGAUCUACCAAUGUGAAACGGUUCUAUUGCGAUAGCUCUCAGAAAAUGGCUGACAGAAUACCUAGGAUACGUCUGAGCAGCGGCCACAGCAUGCCUAUGCUGGGGGUUGGAACGUACAGUUGUUCGAAGCUCAACGAGGUCGGGAAUGCUGUGAGGACGGCUGUACAGAUAGGGUACCGCUACAUUGACACGACCUCGACCUAUGAAACGGAACAGGAAAUUGGAGUCACUAUCAAACAACUGAUAAAAGAAGGAAGAAUAAAGCGGGAAGAGCUUUUCAUUGUGACGAAGGUUUCGGGCCAGUGUCAUGAACCGGAGCAUGUAGAGCCAGCGUGUCUAACGUCACUGGAGGCCCUGAACAUGGAUUAUAUAGAUCUGUAUCUGAUACACUUCCCCUUGGCCAACGUAGACCAGGAGCGGACCCAGUCGACCGUGACGGACUACCUGGACACAUGGAGGGCCAUGGAGAAGCUGGUGGACAAGGGCCUCGUCAAGUCUAUCGGCGUCUCCAACUUCAACCAACAGCAGCUGGAAAGGAUUCUCGCCAUGGACGGCCUCAAGCACAAGCCUGCGAAUAACCAGGUGGAGAUAACUCCAUGUCCGUCCCAGGACAAGCUACUGCAGUACUCCCUGCAAAACGGCAUCUCAACUACUGGGUGCGGACCAUUUGGAGCGCCAGGACAAACCUAUAUGUCCAAGGACUCGCCCGACUGCCUGGAACAUCCAACAAUUGUCAACAUCGCAAAUAAAUAUGGAAAAUCAGCAACGCAGGUGAUCCUCAGGUGGGGCAUACAGAGAGGCUAUGCAGUAGUUCCCAAGGGUACGAAUCCAUUUUGUCUGGUCCAGAACAUGGAUAUAUUUAACUUUCAGCUCAGUACGGAUGAUAUGGAGUCAAUGCUUGCUCUGGACGAAGGCUAUAAAGUCAACCAAGAACAGUCCCAAUCGCAAACACAAAAUGUGAAAUGAAUAUUGCCUGUGAGGUCUUGAACGCGACACAGUCACUAUCUCUAUACAGCACUAUAGUGUUAUGAGUGAGACGUCAUACAUGAUAAUAAAAGGGACGAAACCCUUGCCAAAAUCUAAAAUACCCAGCAAUGACCAGCAGUGACAGACAACUGUGGAGCUACAAGUUCUACUACACCUGAAACAAAAUGCAGUUAGUACCAAAUAAAUACAUAGUU